AGCAAGUGGCAAUCAGCGUACAGAUUCAGCCAUGGUGGAAUAUAUAGUCAAUUACUCAAUUAUGUGAUAUUUAGUUUAGCCCUCUUUGUUAAUGCGAAGGGCCUCUCAUCUAAUGGCUUCUUCAUCUUCUUCAUCAUCAAUUACUCCUACAAGUGCCGCUCAUCUAAUGGCUUCUUCUUCUUCUUCUUCAUCAAUUACUCCUAUAAGUGCCUCCCAUCUAAUGGCUUCUUCUUCUUCUUUCAUCAAUUACUCCUAAACUAGAGAAUGAGGUAUUCCUUAGUUUCUAUGGUGAGGACACUCGGAAAAAGAUUACCAGCCAUCUAUAUGAAGCCUUAUGUCGGAAAAAAAUUAAAACCUUCAUUGAUGAUAAUCUUGUCAGAGCAGAAGAAAUUUCUCCAUCUCUUUUGAAGGCAAUUAAACAUUCAAAGAUCUCAGUUAUCAUUUUCUCUAAAGGGUAUGCUUCGUCCAGAUGGUGCCUCAUAGAACUUGAAAAGAUAGUUAAAUGUUAUAAGAAGUAUAAUCAGAUCCUACUACCGGUCUUCUAUGAGGUCGAUCCAUCUGAUGUCAGGAAUCAAACUGGGGAUGUUAGGGAUGCAUUUGCUAAGCUUGAAGAGCGUUUUAUGGAUGAUUCAGAGAUGUUGCAAAGAUGGAGGACUGCUUUAAGGGAUGCGGCCAACCUAUCUGGUUUUGAUUCAAAGAACUAUAGGAAUGAAGCAUCACUUGUAAUAAAUAUUGUUGACGAUAUCUUGAAAAGAUUGGACUGUGACUCCUCUGUAUUUUACACUGAGAACCUAGUUGGGUUAGAUUCAUCGAUCGAGAAGAUUAAAAAUUUAUUUUGUACAGAGGGUGUUCGCAAAGUAGGAAUUUGGGGCAUUGGAGGCAUAGGUAAGACUACUCUUGCUAAAGUCAUAUUCAACAAAAUCUUUAGACAGUUUGAAGCUUCUUACUUCAUUGAAAAUAUUAGAGAAGAAUCAGAGAAAAGUGGUGGAUUAAAUGACAUGCGCCAAAAGCUCAGUCAUGCACUUUUAGAGGAUAUACAUCCCAAUAUUGGAUUCAUCUUUCCAAGAGAAAGGCUUAGCCGCAAGAAAGUUCUCAUUGUGUUUGAUGAUGUGAUUGCAGAUUUAAAACAAAUGGAAUUUUUAAGGGAAGUUUCUGACUACUUGGAUUCAAAAAGUCGAAUAAUCAUAACAACAAGGGAAAAACAAGUGCUAGCAAAUUGUGGAGUGCAUAACAUACACGAGAUGGAAGGCUUAUCAUUUGAUAAAGCUUUUGAACUUUUUUCCCUAUAUGCCUUUAAAGAAAACAAUCCAAUAGAACAUUAUAUUGGGUUAGCAUCAAGUGUAGUAGAACAUGCUAAAGGUGUUCCAUUAGCUCUCAAAGUUUUAGGUUCCUAUCUAUUUGAUAGGACAAAGAAAGAAUGGGAAAGUGCACUAGCGAACUUAAAAACUCAUACUCAUGGAAGUAUUCAAAAGGUGUUAAAAGUAAGUUAUGAUGGAUUACAUGAUAAAGAGAAGGAUGUAUUUUUAGAUAUUGCAUGUUUCUUUAAAGGGUAUAAAAGAGAUCUUAUAGAGACAAUCUUGAAUACUAGUGACUUAGACUCUCAUAUUUAUAUAAACGUUCUCAUUGAAAGGUCUCUCAUAACUACGUCAAUUGACACCAUAACAAUGCAUGAUUUACUUCAAGAUAUGGGUAGAGAAAUUGUUCGACAAGAAUCAAAUAAUCCUUAG